GGACAAGAAGGAGGAGACCUGGGUCAUGUUAGCGGAGCGCAGACGAGGGGACAAGACGCCUGCUGGAAAAACUUAAAGGCAAAGGCAAAAAAGGACACGGCAGAAGAGAGGAGGGGGAUGUUUAAAACUGGCGGAGGACCACCACCAAUGAUUACGGACCCUCUAUCAAAGAAAAUCAUUGAUAUGAUCCCGCAGCAGAUUUCCCCCCUCCCUAACCCAUAAAACGAUGACGGCGCAGUAGAGAGGAAUACAGCGAGAGAAACUGAAACUGAGACUUGCAUUGUGCUGGACCUGAUAGAGCCAGUGGAGACGGAUGAUGGAAACCUGAAAGCAGAAGCAGCAUCACCAGUGAAUGCCCCUGCUGAAAAGCGCUCUAAGCUUGGCUAUCACCCGGAACUUCUUAGAUUGGAGACAGAAAGAUGCAUGAAUGUAUUAUAGCUAAACUAUGACGCUGUUUAGCUAUAACAUAUAGCUUUAGCUUUAUGUGCUUAACAUGUAGCUCACCAAUUAACAAGAUAUCUACACUCAAUUCAUGCGUUCAUUAGUCACAGAUUAUCAUUCAAUAGACUAGUUGAAUGAUAAUCAACUAGUCUAUAAAUUAAACUUCUCCCUGGCAUAAUGUAGCCUAUAACAAGCACUAUGUAGAAAAAUAUAAACGAUAAUCGGAAAGUCAAUAUUUGGACAGAUGUGUUCAAGUGCGGCUCAUGUUGGCGUCGAAUAGCUUGUGUAGACUAAAAAUAAGUAAAUGGCGCCAUCUUCUGGCGGAAUUGUAUGUUUAUUCAUUACUGAAUAUUAUUCAUGUCCACUGGGUGGCAGUGCUUGGAUCACUGUGUUCUACAUCUCUCAACGUCCUGUUUACGUUCUGAUCGAUCAAACAUGGCGGACGAGGUGGACGUUGACAUCGAAGGAGAUGAGUUUGAUGCCAGUGUUUGUGACCUGGAUGAAAACCGGCUUCUCCAGGACCAGUUCGUGCAGUCUGCAUGGAAGACCAAAACUGGGAUAUCGCCGUGGAAGCUUGACAGUUCCAUCAGUGUGGAGAAUCGAGAACUGAUCGAGAACAUGCUGUUGGAGGAACAAUAUUAUCUUACUGGCCAAGGGAUUCCGCAGAAUGCAUGGCCGACUGUCUCCAGCUCAAAACCUAAAGCUAAGCAGUCUCCAUCUAAGCCCUCAGGCACAGGUGCAUCGUCACGCUGGUCCCAACAAGAGAAGAGGUUUUUUGAAGAAGGAUUGACUCAAUUUGGUCGAAGGUGGACAAAGAUUGCCAAAUUGGUGGGCAGUCGCACCGUCCUUCAGGUCAAGAGCUACGCCAGACAAUACUUUAAGCAAAAGGGUAAAACCGAUUUGGAAGCCAUGGUGCCCCUUAUAGUCCAUGAGGCGAAAAUGCAUCUCCCACAGCCCAGCUCCAGCUCUAUAUUACCAUCCGCUCUGGUCAACGCUGUUCGUAUCGAGAAGCUCUCAGAUGAUGAGGACGAAGAGGUGGACAUUACCGAUGAUCUGAGUGACGAAGGAAUCUCACCCAAAAAGCCCCAAGUGGAGGACAAGCUAGAGUCCUACGUGGCAGCACACGAUGUAGAGGCAGAGAUGGAUAGCCAGACCGACAGAUUUAGCCGACAAGAGAGAAGCCUAAAGAAGAGCGAAGGGGGAAAGGCUGAGAACCACAGUGAAAGAGCCUUAAAGGAAGACGGUUCUAGUCAUGUGGAUUCAGCGCCCGCCUACUGGUCAGAGGGGGCCCGGCUGAAAGAGGAUGGGGAAGAUGUCUCCAUCUCUCUGAAUAAACCCCAGUUGGGCGAAGGAAGGUCCUGGUCUGAGAGCUCAGAGGGAAGGUCUGGACCCGAGGGAGCCUACAGUGAGACAGCAGAAGGCAGUGACAACAGGGUUGGCAAGAGUCCAACUGAUGGAGCAGAUGAAUACCAGGAGGAGGAGGAGGAGGAGGAGAGGGAGGAGGAGGAUGAGGAGCUGAAUGCCCCAGAACAGGAGAUUCAUCUGGACAUGGAGAGCAUCACCGAUGACGAGAAACAAGCUAUCCCCGAGUUCUUUGAGGGACGUCCAUCCAAGACGCCGGAUAGAUACCUGAAGAUAAGAAACUACAUCCUGGAUCAGUGGAUGAAGAGCAAGCCAAAGUACCUAAACAAGACUUCUGUAAGGCCAGGCCUCAAAAACUGCGGGGACGUCAACUGCAUCGGCCGUGUGCAUACAUACCUGGAACUGAUCGGAGCCAUUAACUUCAACUGUGAGCAGGCUGUGUAUAACCGGCCCCGGGUGAUAGAUCGCUCAAGGCAUAAGGAGGGUAAGGAUGCCUCGGAGGCCUACCAGCUGGCCCAGAGACUACAGAGCAUGCGGACCCGCAAGCGGCGUGUGCGGGACCUAUUAGGGAACUGGUGUGACUCGAGGGACUUGGAGGGGCAGACAUAUGAGCAUCUGAGUGCUGGGGAGCUGGCCCUUCGCAGGGAGGAGAUGAAGAGACAGCCCAAACCCUGCAAGAUUGCCCGACAUAAAGAAUCCUUCGAUCCGUUCCAGUUGAUUAUGUGCAAGUCUUUCGGGGAAGAUGUUAAGGAGCCGUUCCGGGUAAUGGUGUGCUCAGAGGCUCUCCUCAUCAUGGACAUGCAUGCCCAUGUGUCCAGGGGAGAGGUCAUUGGACUACUGGGAGGAACUUUCAAUCAAAAAGACAAAGUCCUUAAGAUCAGUGUGGCCGAGCCAUGCAACAGCGUGAGCACAGGCAUGCAGUGUGAGAUGGACCCGCUGUCCCAGACGCAUGCGUGUGAGGCGCUGUCAAUGCUAGGGUACAGUGUGGUGGGCUGGUACCACUCGCACCCAACCUUUCACCCCAACCCCUCGCUACGGGACAUCCACACACAGGACCAGUUCCAGAGCUACUUUUCCCGAGGUGGUGCUCCAUUCAUAGGUAUGAUCGUGAGCCCCUACAACCCUUCCAACGCUUCGCCACAUUCACAGACCACCUGCCUUCUAGUGAAAGAGCACCAGGAAUCAUCCGGCUGUCAGAAGCUGCCCUACAGAUUUGACUUCCUGCCAUCCCAGGACAUUCCAGACUGGGAGCAGCUAAUGAAAAGAUCUCAGUGGAUCAUAAGAAAAUAUUCCCAAGCACAUGGAAUUGUGCAUAUGGACAGGUUCUUCCGGAGGGAUUCCCACCUCACCUGUCUAGAAAAGAUGCUGUCGUCCCUGGCCAGAUACCUGGAGCCCCUGCCCGACGAUGAGGGAGACCCCUUCCUCACCCAGAUCCAGGCUCUGUUCCAGUCUGACUUCAUCCCCAAGCAGGUGGAUGAGCACCAGGAGGAGGAAGAUGGCAAAAACUUUGACUCCCCUUGCGAUCACGAUCAGCCAAACAGCACAGAGCAUCCGGGAAGGGGCUUGGAGUCUAUUGGCUCAGGCAGUGGUGCAGAAUGGGAAGUGGAGUCCCCACCGCAGACUGCAAACUCAGGGACUGAAAGUAGUCCUGUGUUACAUCUUGGCUCAGUGUUAUUAACUGGUCAUGAUUAUUUACUGUGAUAUGUCUGAGAGGUUAAAUCCUUUUAGAUUUAACCUCAAUAGAAGGUGAGAGAUUUGUUAUGGAGCCUGGUUUAACGUAGUUGAUUGUAAAGUGCUUUUAUUUCUUUGACAAUCUUAGUCGAACUGAUACGCUGAUAUAAUGGACCAUUGAGCAAUGUGAAACUAAAGGUUUAGGCAGUAUGCAUGUAAUUUGUCUAUGUAUUUUUAAAGAAAGGUAAUAUAGUUAGACCUCUUUGUAUAAAAAUUAAUGUAUUUGCUAUUCAUGGUUUUAUUUGUUGUGUAUAUUACUUAUUUAGAUAAAUUACAAUACAUCUGAAAAAAAUAGGGGAAAGAAACUAUGAUAGGCUAGUCAAGUUGUGUUAGGUGAUGCUUGUCAACCCUUAUAAGGUGUUCGGGUCUGUGGGACCCGUUUUCAGUUUUUAGCUUUAUAAAAGUGAUACAAAUAAUUAUUUUUUUGAACUAAGA